AUGGAGCCGUAUACGAAUACCGGGGCCGUCAAUUGUAACGUGGAUAUUGACACAAGCAAUGUCAAGGGCAAGACUGCUGUCGUCACCGGCGGAGCCAAUGGCAUCGGUGAGGCAUAUGUCCGUGCUUUGACCAGCGCCGGGGCUUUUGCCGUCAUUGCAGACCUUGACGCCGAAGAAGGCGCGAGGCUGGAAAAGGAGUUGGGCAGCUCAGUCAAGUUCGUCAAGUGCAACGUUACAGUCUGGGCUGAUCAAUUGGCCGUCUUCAAAACUGCACUUUCGGCUUCACCCUCUGGCCGAGUGGACAUUGUCAUUGCCAAUGCUGGCAUUAGCGGGGCUGAUUCGGUCUUUUUCAACAACGUCGAAGCCGAGGAGCCUGAAGAACCAAAGCUCAACAUCCUCAAUGUCAAUCUCACUGGUGUCAUGUAUACCGUCAAGCUGGCGCUUCACUACUUCCGCCGACAGAAUGCUUUGAACAAAGGAGCCCCCCUCGACCAGGUUCUCAUAUUACAGGGCAGUCUCGCAGGAUAUCUCGACCUAUCGGGCGCCGUCCAAUACAGUGCAUCCAAGUUUGGCCUUCGCGGCAUGAUGAGGGCUCUUCGCAAGACGGAGCACGUACACAAUAUUCGAGUUGCAUAUAUUGGACCCUGGUUUGUCGAAACCAAGAUUCUGAGCAAGGCAGUCGUUGACCAUCUCACGAAUUCGGGCAUCGAUUUUGCCACGGUCGAAGACGCCGGCCAAUGUGCAUUGAGAAUUGUGUCUGAUCCCAAAGUCAAUGGUCGAGCAUUUGCAAUCGUUCCUCGGAGUUACGCACCUCGUGGUUAUUUGGAUAUCGAUUACGACGACUAUCCCGUGGGCACACUAUUGGAGAAGCUCCAGACUUCUGCCAGUGGAGGCAACCACCGGUCAGCUCUCGAUCCUGAGAAGCAGAAAACAAAAACUCAGUGGGCCGGGGAGGCGACAAAAUGA